AGGUCGUACACGCGAAAAAGCGCAUACCUUGGCGCGAAUUCGGUUUGAAUUCUGGCCGGCAACUCAGUCGGUGUAUACAUCACCUUCGCGGCUUCUGAAGUGAAAGUUCGGGCAAAGACGGCACUCGCAUUUAUAAGUGAGAAAGCACCCCCGUCAGCCCAAAUCCCCAAGCUAUUUGCAGCUCCCUUCUCUCAUUAAAGCCAAUAUUUUCUUCUUCGCACUGCUGUUACCCGGCGCGGCCAUGCAAAUAACUACUAUUGUCGCCUUGAGCAUCGCGCUCGUGGGCCUCGUGGUAUACAAAACGGUUCAGUCAUACCACGACAUGAACGACCCAAGAUUACCGCCGGGGCCGCUAAAGUUACCCUUCAUUGGGCGUAUUCACGAUCUCCCUAUUCAGCUCAUGUGGCUGAAGUUCAAGGAAUGGGCGGAAAUUCAUGGCAAGGAAAAUGGUUUCUACAUGACGGAUAUGUUGGGAGCCAAGUUUCUUGUUGUGUCCGAUGAGAAGGUCGCUGAAGAUCUGCUGGUCAAGCGAGCGAGAUACAACUCGGACCGACCCGUCAUCAGGUCCUUAUUUGACUCGAAAAGUACGCAUGGUUCGAUGGAAUACUUGCCCUUAAUGGGCAAGAAUCAGUAUUGGGCCCGCCAACGCAAGCUGUCGCACGCCUAUCUUACCGAGGCCAGCAACGCAAAUUACUACGGGGUCAUGUAUCACGAAACUAAGCGCUGGCUCGCCCGGCUGAUGGAGGACCCUGAUUCGUUCCAGUUCUCACUCGAGGACAUGGCUUCGAAGGUCAUGUGCCAGUUGACGUGGGAUGAUCCCUCCCUCAGCGAGUAUUGCACUAAAAGUGCAUGGGGCUUGCUCACCCAGAUGUCUCCAGCAGGCCCCAUAACGAACGUUCUCACCCCACUGUGGCAUUUGCCGUUCUUCAUGAAUCCCUGGAAGCAAGCCGAAAGGAAACGUCACGACGAGCAACAGGCGUGGUGGAUGGAGAGGUUUCUGACGGUGAAGAACAAUAUGGCUAUGGGCCAGCAGAGACCGUGUUGGACGAGACAAUAUAUUGAGAAGAGCGAAAAGCGAAGUAACAUGUCGGGCGACUACGAAGCGUCGUGUGUCUUGGGCAUGUUGGCCCUAGUUGGCAUCUUUACUGUCGCCGGGCCACUCUCUUACUACUUGGUCACUAUGACCCAUCACCCUGCUUGGCAGGCUGCGGUUCAGACGGAGAUUGAUGAUGUUUGCGAGGGACGAAUGCCGACUCUGGAAGAUAUGCCUAGGCUGCCUGUUCUUCGCGCCUGCAUCAAGGAGACCAUGCGAUGGAAGCCUAACGUGCCCACGGGCGUCGCGCAUGAGACCGAAGCGGAUGAUGUUUACAAGGGGUAUUUUAUUCCCAAGGGCACCCGCAUACUGCCCCUCGACUGGGCAUUUCUGCGCAACCCCGAAAGGUAUCCCGAUCCCGAUAAUUUCCGCCCAGAACGGUGGCUUCAACCUGGUUGGCCGACUUAUCAAGAGCCACUCACCCAGUACCCUACCAUUAAAGGCAUGUCUUCGUUUGGUUGGGGUCAACGCCAAUGUCUCGGCAUGACACUUACUCAAGAUGAGCUGGUAGUGGCGUGUGGUGCACUGUCGUGGUGUUUUAAUCUGAAGCCCAAGACAGAUUCUUUGACUGGCGAACAAUUGCCUGUUCCACUUGACAAGUCCAAUUCGCUGCUCAUAAUUAAGCCUGACCCGUUCCAGAUGGCUUUUGAGCCUCGGAGUGAACAGAGGAAACGGGAAGCGCUUCGCUUAUGGAGGGAUUCCGAGGCCAAGGACUUUACGCAGAGAGCUGAUUAUGCGGGGAAAGUCGCAAAGCCAGAUGAGGUGACGUCGGCAGUUCCCAGGCCAUUGUCGGCACGACCAUUGCCUUCUCCUUCGUUUUGCUCGGAAAUGCUAUAACCCAGUCAUUCAUGGGAGUGCCUGCCCUACUGGUGGACUUCCCAAAGCCGUCUAACCCAGACCAUUCCACUCGAGCCAAAUUACUAGGUCGUCAAUGGCCCGUCUUCUGGAAGGUGGGAAACGUCUUCUUCAGACCCAUCAGCACUCUCGGCAUUUUUGGCUACGGCUACACCGCGUGGGCAGCCCAUUCGGGGGAUAUUGGCGGUGGGGCCAAAUCAGGAGACUGGCGGUGGUAUGCGCUCGCGGCAACGUGCCACUUGGUC